UCCCCCCGCGGCUGUUCCGCCGCCUGGCCUCCCCUCCCCCCAGUCGGAGCUCACUGUCUCCAAGAUGGCGGCCGUGUCAGUUUGGGGCAUCUCCGCGGUCCGGCCCGGGCCCCCGGGAUCCCGGCUGUCUUCCCCCCAGGCUUAAGAUACUCAUUUUCUGCUUGAAGCCGGGAAUCAGAUGUGUGGAGUACAGGAGCGUAUGUGGAAUAGAGACCGAUGUGUGGUGCUAUUGGGAAGCUCCGAGAUAGUUCAAAGAACCAGUGCUUCUGAUUUCUAAAGGGAAAGUAGGUUGUAAUUCUAUUUUGUGAACAGAGGGAAGAUUCAGGCCAGAAAUCUUGUAUGCUAUGGUUAACUGGUUCCCAUCCUCCGAGAAUCUUGUUUUCCAUGGUGUAAGACUUACUCAGCAUCAGGAUAAGGGAUAACGACUCUAUGGAUAUACAGAAUCCUUCACCAUGGUAAAACUCGCUAACCCGCUGUACACGGAGUGGAUUUUGGAGGCCAUCAAAAAAGUCAAGAAGCAGAAACAGCGACCUUCAGAGGAAAGAAUAUGCAACGCAGUGUCUUCAUCCCAUGGCUUGGAUCGUAAAACUGUUCUAGAGCAGUUGGAGUUGAGUGUUAAAGAUGGGACAAUUUUAAAAGUCUCAAACAAAGGUCUCAAUUCCUAUAAAGAUCCUGAUAAUCCUGGGCGAAUAGCACUCCCUAAACCUCGAAACCAUGGAAAAUUGGAUAAUAAGCAAAGUGUGGAUUGGAAUAAAUUACUCAAACGGGCAUUUGAGGGUUUGGCAGAGUCUAGUGGCUCAACUUUGAAAAGUAUUGAACGCUUUUUGAAAAGCCAGAAGGAUGUGUCUGCUGCCUAUGGAGGCAAUGCUGCCUCUGGGUUCCAUCAGCAGCUACGAUUGGCAAUCAAGCGUGCCGUAGGCCAUGGCAGACUUCUUAAAGAUGGACCUCUCUACCGGCUCAACACUAAGACAUCCAAUGCUGAAGGGAAAGAGGGUUGUGAGUCGCUUUCUUGUUUACCUCCUGUAUCACUGCUUCCACAUGAGAAAGAUAAGCCGAUUGCUGAACCAAUCCCCAUCUGUAGUUUCUGUCUUGGUACAAAAGAACAAAACCGGGAAAAGAAGCCUGAGGAGCUCAUCUCCUGCGCAGACUGUGGCAAUAGUGGUCAUCCAUCCUGUUUAAAGUUUUCCCCAGAACUAACAGUAAGAGUGAAGGCCUUGCGGUGGCAGUGUAUCGAGUGUAAAACAUGCAGCUCCUGUCGGGAUCAAGGCAAAAAUGCAGAUAACAUGCUCUUUUGUGAUUCAUGUGACCGAGGUUUUCACAUGGAGUGUUGUGAUCCACCACUCACACGGAUGCCAAAAGGUAUGUGGAUAUGUCAGAUAUGUCGACCUAGGAAAAAAGGACGAAAACUUCUACAAAAGAAGGCGGCACAGAUAAAACGGCGCUAUGCUAAUCCAAUAGGACGUCCAAAAAACAGGUUAAAGAAACAAAACACGGUAUCAAAAGGUCCGUUUAACAAAGUUCGAACUGGUCCUGGAAGGGGUCGGAAGCGUAAACUCACUGUCUCCAGCCAGUCUGCAUCAUCGUCAGAAGAAGGCUAUCUAGAGCGGAUAGAUGGCUUGGACUUCUGCAGAGAUAGCAAUGCCCCCUUGAAGUUCAACAGGAAAACCAAAGGGCUCAUUGAUGGCCUUACCAAAUUCUUCACCCCUUCUCCUGAUGGGCGCAAAGCCCGAGGGGAGGUGGUAGACUACUCUGAGCAAUACAGAGUCAGGAAAAAGGGCAACAGAAAAGCAAGCACUUCCGAUUGGCCCACAGACAAUCAGGAUGGCUGGGACAGCAAACAAGACAACGAGGAACGGCUUUUUGGGAGCCAGGAAAUCAUGACGGAGAGAGAUAUGGAAUUAUUUCGAGAUAUCCAAGAGCAAGCACUGCAGAAAGUCGGAGUAACUGGGCCCCCUGACCCACAAGUCCGUUGUCCUUCUGUCAUUGAGUUUGGGAAGUAUGAAAUCCACACCUGGUAUUCCUCUCCAUAUCCUCAAGAGUACUCAAGGCUGCCUAAAUUGUAUCUUUGUGAGUUCUGUCUAAAAUAUAUGAAAAGUAGAACUAUUCUACAGCAGCACAUGAAGAAAUGUGGUUGGUUCCAUCCUCCUGCCAAUGAGAUUUACCGAAAGAAUAAUGUUUCUGUCUUUGAGGUUGAUGGGAACGUGAGUACCAUUUAUUGUCAAAAUCUGUGUCUCUUGGCAAAGUUGUUUCUUGACCACAAAACACUCUAUUAUGACGUGGAGCCAUUUCUUUUCUAUGUUCUAACACAGAAUGAUGUCAAGGGCUGCCACCUUGUUGGCUACUUUUCUAAAGAAAAGCACUGCCAACAAAAAUACAAUGUCUCCUGUAUAAUGAUUCUUCCCCAGUACCAACGUAAGGGCUACGGCAGGUUUCUCAUCGAUUUCAGUUAUUUGUUAUCAAAACGUGAAGGCCAAGCAGGCUCUCCUGAGAAACCGUUAUCAGAUCUAGGUCGUCUUUCCUACAUGGCAUAUUGGAAAAGUGUAAUAUUGGAAUGCCUUUAUCACCAAAAUGAUAAACAGAUCAGCAUUAAGAAGUUAAGCAAAUUGACUGGAGUUUGCCCUCAAGACAUUACUUCCACACUCCACCACCUGCGAAUGCUAGACUUCCGCAGUGACCAAUUUGUGAUUAUCCGCCGGGAAAAACUUAUCCAGGAUCACAUGGCAAAGCUUCAGUUGAAUCUACGACCUGUGGAUGUAGACCCAGAAUGCUUACGCUGGACUCCGGUCAUAGUCUCCAACUCUGUUGUCUCAGAGGAGGAAGAAGAAGAGGCUGAUGAAGGAGAAAAAGAAGAGCCCCUAGGCCAGGAAAGAGAGCUAGAGACUGCUGGAAGGGUAUGAUCUGUGGGAAAGUCUGUACCUCGGGAGAACAGAGAUCAAGACUCUUCCUCUUUAAUAGAAAGUGAAAAGAAACCGGAAGUUAAGGAACUAACUAGUUCUUCACGGCUGAGCAAACAAGCCCUUCCCCGGGACAGUCUUCCUGCAAAUAGCCAGCAGCCUCGGAGGGGCCGCUGUGGGAGGAGGAACAGAAAGACCCAGGAACGUUUUGGUGACAAAGAUUCCAAGAUGCUUGUGGAUGAGACAUUAUCAACUCCUCAGGAACAGUAUGGAGAAUGUGAGGAAAAAUCAGAAACCUCCCAAGAACGGUACACUGAGAUGGAAGAGCAGUCGGCAGCCCCUCCAGUGCAAGCAGAUGGGAAAGUGGACAUCCCCAAGGGAAGGUUCAGUGAGAGUGUUGAGUUGUGGCGAGGACAGCUGAAGAAAAGCCCCGAGACCCUGAAGUGCCGGUUGUCAGAAGGAAAUGACAGACUGCCAUGCUGCUACACUGAUGGCGACAGGGCUGUCUUUAGGGGCUUCAGUGAGAGUAGUGAGGAGGAGGAAGAACCAGAAAGUCCUCGGUCAAACUCACCACCAGUUCUCACAAAGCCCACCCUGAAAAGAAAGAAACCAAUUCUUCACCGAAGAAGAAGAGUCCGCAAGCGGAAACACCACAAUAGCAGUGUAGUCACAGAAACUAUUUCUGAGACCACUGAGGUGUUAGAUGAGCCUUUUGAAGACUCCGACUCUGAGAGACCAAUGCCAAGGCUGGAACCUACAUUUGAGAUUGAUGAAGAGGAGGAGGAGGAGGAUGAAAAUGAGCUCUUCCCCAGAGGGUACUUUCAUCGCUUGUCCUCACAGGAUGUCCUUAGGUGUCAAUCCUCCUCUAAGAGGCCAUCUAAAGAGGAGGAAGAAGAGGAGGAGUCAGAUGAUGUGGAUGACACUCCUGUCCUAAAGCCAGUAUCUCUUUUGCGAAAAUGUGAUGUGAACAGUGCUUCACUUGAGCCAGAUACCUCUACACCUAUGAAAAAGAAAAAGGGAUGGCCCAAAGGCAAGAGCCGAAAACCUAUCCACUGGAAGAAAAGACCUGGACGAAAACCAGGAUUUAAAUUGAACCAGGAUAUCAUAGCUGUUUCUACACAAGAAUGCAUAGUUGAGCCUGUGGUCCCCAUUAAGCCUGGGCGUAAACCCAGAACUCAAGAGAGUGAAGAAAUCGUUGAGAUAAAGGAGGAUUUGCCCUUGCUGGAAGAAAGGAAGGAGGACCUGCAAACAGAACCAGAUGAGGAGGCUGAGGAGGAGGAAGAUACAACUGGCAGUGACAUCAGAGCCAUGUCCCCAUUGGACAGCAGCAACAGUCCUGACGCAGAACCAAAAGAACCUGAGGCAGAAGAGGAAGAUGAGAAGCCUUUGGACGAGCAGAGGCAAUCAGAGGAAGAGCCCCAAGAGCUGGAAGGACAGGAGCAAGAGGAAGAAGAUGAAGUGACUGCAGAGGCAAACCAGAAUGAAGACCAUGAUGCCGAUGAUGAGGACGACGGCCACCUGGACUCCCUAAAGACAAAAGAGCCAGAGGAGCAGCCAGCCAGAGAAGACCGCAAAGAGGAGCCUGGCAUUCAGGAAUCUUUUUUAGAUGCAAACAUGCAGGACAGUAGGGAGAAUAUAAAGGAUAAAGAUGAAACUGAACUGGACUCUGAAGAGGAACAGCCUUCCCAUGAGGCAUCUGUGGUAUCAGAGACCAUGCCAGGGUCUGAGGAGGACCAUGAGGAAGAUUCAAACACUAAGGAAGAAUUAAUUGAGCUAAAGGAGGAGGAAGAGAUCCCACACAGUGAGCUGGACCUGGAAACUGUACAGGCAGUGCAAUCUUUGACUCAAGAAGAAGGCAGUGAGCAUGAAGGAGCCUACCAGGACUGUGAGGAAACUCUUGCAGCCUGCCAGACUCUGCAGAGUUACACCCACACAGAUGAGGACCCGCAGAUGUCAAUGGUUGAAGACUGUCAUGCUUCAGAGCAUAAUAGCCCGAUAUCCUCCAUUCCAUCUCAUCCCAGUCAGUCAGUCCGCUCAGUCAGCAGCCCCAGUGUGCCUGCCCUGGAAAGCGGCUACACACAGAUCAGCCCAGAGCAAGGAUCCCUGUCCGCACCCUCUAUGCAGAACAUGGAGACCAGCCCCAUGAUGGAUGUGCCUUCCGUAUCAGACCACUCUCAGCAGGUGGUAGACAGUGGCUUCAGUGACCUGGGCAGCAUCGAGAGUACCACAGAGAACUAUGAGAACCCAAGCAGCUAUGAUUCCACCAUGGGCAGCAGCAUUUGUGGGAAUAACUCCUCUCAGAACAGCUGCUCCUAUGGUGGCUUGUCCUCUUCAAGCAGCCUCACCCAGAACAGUUGCGUUGUUACUCAGCAAAUGGCAAACAUGGGCAGCAGCUGCAGCAUGCUGCAGCAGAGCAGUGUCCAACCUGCUACCAACUGCAAUAUCAAGUCACCUCAGACCUGUGUGGUGGAAAGGCCUCCCAGUAACCAGCAGCCACCACCGCCGCCGCCGCCACCGCCACCACCACAGCAACAGCAGCAGCAGCAGCAACAACAACAACCGGCACCACAGCCUCCCCCACCACAGCCACAGCAGCAACAGCAGCCCCCUCCACCACAGCAGCAGCCCCAGCCCCCACCACCGCCACAGCAGCAGCCCCCUCUGUCUCAGUGUAGCAUGAACAACAGCUUUGCUGCAGCUCCGAUGAUUAUGGAGAUACCAGAGUCUGGAAGCACUGGGAACAUCAGUAUCUACGAGAGGAUUCCAGGGGAUUUUGGUGCUGGCAGCUACUCUCAACCAUCAGCCACCUUCAGCCUCGCCAAGUUGCAGCAGCUGACUAACACCAUUAUGGACCCUCAUGCCAUGCCUUACAGUCAUUCUCCGGCUGUGACUUCCUAUGCAACCAGUGUUUCUCUGUCUAAUACGGGACUGGCUCAGCUAGCUCCAUCUCAUCCCUUAGCUGGGACUCCUCAAGCACAAGCCACCAUGACUCCACCCCCAAAUUUGGCAUCUACUACUAUGAACCUCACGUCACCUCUGCUACAGUGCAACAUGUCUGCCACUAACAUUGGCAUUCCUCACACUCAGAGGUUGCAAGGGCAGAUGCCAGUUAAGGGACAUAUUUCUAUCCGCUCCAAGUCUGCACCUUUGCCCUCUGCGACUGCACACCAACAACAGCUCUAUGGCCGCAGCCCACCAGCAGUUGCCAUGCAAGCUGGCCCUCGUGCAUUGGCUGUUCAGCGUGGCAUGAACAUGGGGGUUAAUUUAAUGCCCACUCCAGCCUAUAAUGUCAAUUCCAUGAAUAUGAACACCUUGAAUGCUAUGAACAGCUAUCGAAUGACACAGCCCAUGAUGAACAGCAGUUACCAUAGUAACCCUGCCUACAUGAACCAGACAGCACAGUAUCCUAUGCAGAUGCAGAUGGGAAUGAUGGGGAGCCAGGCCUAUACCCAGCAGCCUAUGCAGCCAAACCCUCAUGGAAACAUGAUGUACACUGGCCCCUCCCAUCACAGCUACAUGAAUGCUGCUGGCGUGCCCAAGCAGUCACUUAAUGGACCUUACAUGAGAAGAUGAGUGAGAUGAACUUGCAGUAAAAGCUUAAAUAUAUAUAAAUAAAGGAACUUUUUAUACUGACAAACCAGAGAAAAAAAUGGACCUUUUUUCCAGUUAAAAUAUUACUGUAGAGUUAGAGGAAUUUUUCUUUGGUUUAUUAUUAUUAUUAUUAUUACUGUUUUUUUGUUUUGUUUUUAGAAAACCUGAUCUCUUUUUGGGGGUUCAACUUUGUUUUGGGUUUUUGUUUUCUUCACAAUCUUGAACAUUUUACAGUAGAACUCAUCUAAAAAUGGAUUUGGGUAGGGGAAACAUGCACAAAAUCUUCUCAUAAUUAAAAGGAGCCUUAAUUUCUUUAUACACCACAUGGACAGAAUUUAUGUAAACGUGAAUUUAUUUUAUUUUAAAAUGUGUGUUUCCCCUCAACUGUCUGCAGCUCCCAAUGUUGUCAUUUUUAAAUGUUAUAUAUACAUCUCAAGGGUCAGCCAGACCCUUUCCUCCAAACCCAGCCUUUCAUUUCCCACUUCAUUCCAGCAGGAGGCACUUAGGGGAGACUGGGAUGGAGACAUGGAGAGCAGCCCAGGCUCCUUAAACUUAAUGUUAUUAUUAUUAAUAAUAAAGUGAGGCAGGAAAUGCUUCUCCUUGUAAAAUUCCCUCCCUCCUUCCCUACACACACACACACCUCUGGAAACCUUUCCCCAGGAGUGUUUCUAGGUAGAAGUCAUUGAAAUACCUGUUUUUCUUGAAUCAAGUGUAAUAUAAUUCUUUUUUUAAUAUUCCCACUCAGCACUCAGAGACACAAAAAUACUGUAAGUCUCACCUAACAGCAGAAUCUCAGAGAAAAGCUGUUUGCAAUCCUUCUCCAGCCUCUGGAGGUCACAGAUGGUCAGCUAACAAUCAGAAAGGGGAAAUGAACCUCUUGGUUUUUACCACCUGGUGAAUCAGCCAUAACAUGCACACUCCACUCACCUCUUGUUUAGUAUGUACUUGGAAAUGUGGACUAAGGUCUUGUGCUUGCACCUUUGACUCUGGCAACCCUCAGAGCAAGCCCCUGUGAUUUGCCUGUCACAAAUAUUUCAUUCGUAGUUUCCACGAAGGACUGUAGUAUCAGUGAUUUAGGAAACACCUGGUGCACAGUGAGUCAGAAGGGAGGUGGUGGUGUGACUCUUGUAGCUGCCUCAGUGAUGCAUACCUCUCGUUUUCAUUGUGUCUGGAGAUCCUGAAUUCAUCCCCAUGAGCCAGUGUGCACUAGCCCCUCUCCUGUGAGGACGAGCAAGGAGAGACCCACCACCAGCAUAGUAGGGCACAUCUGGUAGCAGGGCUUCAGGAGGCUCGUGUUAUUUCACUAGUUCGCCAGUUCUCUUCCUACUUGCUCCAGGGAUAGGUUAAAAAAAUUAUAUAUAUAAUUAUAAUUAUAUAUAUUAUAUAUUCCAUCAUUAGAAGAUGGAAACUAUUAUACCACUUGGUAUGUGCAGUCAGAUAUCCACAAGGAGGACACAGUGCUUAAAGAAACACCUGUAAGCACAAAGUCUCUCCUGUAUUUGUACAUUUUAUAGAAAUACAUUUUUAAAGUACUAAUUAGGCAUUACAUUUUUUCAAAUGCACAGGUUUGUUGGGCUUUUUUAUAGACCUUAAUUGGCUUUCUCAAUUAAGUGUGUUAGAUAGAAAAGCAGAAUUCCACACUGUACCGCUGUUGACUCUGAGCAUGUGCAAGGCUACGUAGGACCCAGUUUCUCUGUAUAUACUGUCCAGUUCCCAGUCAUCUGUAGAAUGUGCACCGUGCUGCCCUCUCCCACACCUUCAGCUAUGUCACUGCUUCCUGGAUGGGACGGGGCAGGGAUGGGGGGAGGGAAGGGAGGUCUCUUUGGGAGGAGGGUGGGUCAAGGCAGAAGGGGAAGCUGUUGAAAUGAGGGCCGUGAAUUCACUUUCUGUUGGUUUGCAGUUGUGUUUGGGUUUUUUGUUUUGUUUUAUUUUUAAAUUCAAUCAGGCAGCUCCCUUUUCCACAAGCCUCUUUGUGACUGUAGAACUAUUGUAGAAAAAUAUGUUCUUUUCUAUAUUAUAAAAGAAAUUAUCCAACACGGUAAUAUUGGUACCUGUCAUUUUUUCACUUCUGUUUUAAGAAAAAAAAAUGUAUUUUUAGCAAGAUAACUUGGGUAAUCUUCUAAAAAAGAAAUUUAAAAACUCACUUGUUAGUGACUUUGAUGCCUUUUAAAAUAAGAGCUUUUUCAUUUCAUUCCAUCUUUAAAAUUUUUUAUCUUUGUUGUAGAAUAUUAAAAACUAUUUUAAGAAAGAUAAAAAUUCUCUUUAAAGAGAUCUCUAGAGUGUGUGAAUAGAGCUCCAGAUGCCUCUAAAAGCCGCAUGUACAAACUAAGUCUAUUCCUGUCUGUUUAUAUUUGCUUUUCCUGUUUUGUAACCUCUUUGUACUUUGUUCCUGGUGACUUGUAAGCUGAGGGGAGGGGUACCUAGACGCCUUUGUAUUUCUCCAUGUCAUGCGCUCCUGGCCAGGUAGCCUCCCUUCCUCUCCUUGUAUGUAAUAUCUUUUUCCCCCUUUCUAGCAAGUACUUUCAAAAGAACUCUGUACAUUUUAACAUAAAAAAAUAAAUUAUGUUGAGCCAUUUUGGAUGUCUGUCUUGCAUGUGGA